ACUGCUGCAGCCCGCCCUCCCCUUCUCUCUUGGCAAAAUGGCGGCGACAGCUCCCACCGCAGCUCCGGUUCCUUCCGCGGCCGCGCCGGCGCCGAGCCCCACGGCGGCGCCCGCCAUCCCGGCUGGAGGCGCGCCGCCGCCCGCCGCGCCGGCGCCGCCCGCCGCGCCCCUGUCGGCCGCGCUCUCGGGCCCCUUCCCCGGCGGCCGCGUGGUGCGGCUGCACCCGGUGGUGCUCGCCUCCAUCGUGGACAGCUUCGAGCGGCGCAACGAGGGCGCGGCGCGGGUCAUCGGGACGCUGCUGGGGACCGUGGACAAGCACUCGGUGGAGGUCACCAACUGCUUCUCCGUCCCGCACAACGAGUCCGAGGAUGAGGUGGCAGUCGAUAUGGAAUUUGCCAAAAACAUGUAUGAGCUGCACAAGAAGGUGUCGCCUAGUGAGCUCAUCUUGGGCUGGUAUGCAACAGGUCAUGACAUCACUGAGCACUCGGUCCUGAUCCACGAGUAUUACAGCCGGGAAGCACACAAUCCGAUCCACCUCACUGUGGACACAAGUCUCCAGAAUGGACGCAUGAGCAUUAAAGCUUAUGUCAGUGCUCCAAUGGGGGUCCCUGGUAAAACUAUGGGCGUGAUGUUCACACCUCUAACAGUGAAGUAUGUUUACUAUGAUACAGAGCGGAUAGGAGUGGAUCUUAUCAUGAAGACCUGUUUUAGCCCUAAUCGAGUGAUUGGCUUGUCCAGUGACUUGCAACAGGUGGGGUCAGCCUCAGCCAGGAUUCAGGAUACCCUGGCCAUGGUACUGCAGUAUGCAGAGGACGUACUGUCUGGCAAAGUGGCUGCUGACAACACUGUUGGGCGAUUCCUGAUGGAUCUUAUUAAUCAAGUGCCAAAGAUUUCGCCAGAGGACUUUGAGACAAUGUUGAACAGCAAUAUCAAUGACCUACUGAUGGUGACCUACCUGGCAAACCUUACACAGUCACAAAUUGCUCUCAAUGAAAAACUUCUGAGUUUAUAAAGAACCUUCUGCCAUCCUACACUUCAAAGAACCUGAAGAAGGAGCAGAUACUUCUCUGUGGUGGUGUUACAAAUUUCAUUGGACUGUAAUUUAAUUACCUAGAUGACUUGGUUUACAUCUCUAUUUCCAUUUCCUGGAAAGUCCCUAAUAUGGUUUAGGAAAUGAAUGGGAAUUGCCUAACAUUUAGUUGAGCCCAGUAUUUUAAAUUGGAAUAAGUGAAUCUUUUUUUUUCUCCUGAGUUUAUCUACUUGUAUAACAAAAUACAGCUUUACUAUAAGAAUGUAUUUGAAAUAAAAGUUCCAUUCCAUUGGCCAGAA